AUGAACACCCCAAGCGCUAUUGUCGUGGCUGGAGCUGGCGGAAUUGCCACGGCUGCUCGCCUCACCAAGGCCGGAUACAAGGUCACCGUCGUCGAAAAGAAUGGCUUCGUUGGAGGACGAUGUUCUCUCGUUCGUCAUGAAGACUAUAGAUUCGACCAGGGUCCAUCCCUCUUGCUCAUGCCAGAGGUCUUCCACCAGACCUUCAGUGAUCUUGGCACAUCGUCAGAAGAAGAAAACUUACGAUUUCUGAAAUGCGAACCUAAUUAUCGCAUUUGGUUUUCGGACCACGAUCAUUUCGAAUUGUCGACUGACCUGUGCAAAAUGAAGCCUCAAAUAGAGCGAUACGAGGGUAAAGAAGGCCUGCAAAAUUUAUUUCGAUUCAUGAGAGAGUCCGGUCAGCAUUACGACCUCUCCAUGGAACAUGUUUUAUCAAAAGACUUUCCCAACCUUUUGGCUAUGCUGCGUCCCAAAUUACUUGUGUCCUUAAUGGCCCUGCAUCCGUUUGAGAGCAUGUGGAGCCGUGUCAAGCGGCAUUUCAAGUCAGACAAGCUUCGGCGCGCCUUCACUUUUGCCAGCAUGUAUCUUGGCAUGAACCCCUUUGAAGCUCCUGGAACAUAUUCCCUGCUGCAGUAUACUGAGCUAGCGCAUGGGAUACUGUAUCCCGAAGGAGGAUUUGUGAAGGUGCUCGAAGCUUUGGCCGAUGUCGGGAAGCGGCUGGGCGUGGAAUACCGCCUAAACACGGAAGUCGCAUCAAUCAUCUACUCGCCAGACAGCAAAGCCAAGGGUAUACGACUGAAAUCAGGCGAAGAACUUUUCUCCGACGUCAUUGUCAUCAACGCGGACCUAGUCUAUGCGUACAACAACCUGCUGCCUCCUAGUUCUUAUUCUCGAAGCUUGACCAAACGCUCAGCGUCCUGCAGUAGCAUCUCAUUCUUCUGGUCUUUCAACAGGAUCAUCCCGGAGUUGCACGUGCACAAUGUCUUUCUAGCAGAAGAAUAUAAGGAGAGCUUUGACGCCAUAUUCCACCGCCACCAACUACCCGAUGAGCCAUCAUUCUACGUCAAUGUUCCAAGCCGAAUUGACCCCACUGCAGCACCCAAAGGAAAAGACACAGUGGUUGUAUUAGUACCGGUUGGCCACCUCGUGGACGAUCCCUCUAAUCCCCAAGACUGGGACCAUUUAAUAAAACAUGCUCGUGACGUCGUUAUCAAGACCAUCGAAUCUCGAACGGGCGCCUCAAGAUUACGCGACAGCUUGAUCCAUGAAUUAAUCGAGACACCCACCAGCUGGAAAGCAAAAUUCAACCUGGACCGUGGCGCGAUUCUUGGCCUUUCGCAUUCAUUCUUCAAUGUUCUGAGCUUCAGACCCAAGAUCAGGCACCCUGAUAUCCAGGGGUUGUACUUUGUGGGGGCAAGCACCCAUCCCGGUGCCGGAGUUCCUGUUGCUCUUUCUAGUGCAAAAAUUGUCAGCGAGAACAUAAUAGCGGACUUGUCUAGGAGAGGAGGCAUGGUUGGAUCUACUUUUUGGAUGGUACUUUGUUUCUUGUUACCAUUCUUGAUCAUGUUGCUUUACUAUAUAAUCCCACUUUAA